AUGGCGAAUGAAUGCGAAGGCGUGGCUUACGCAGCGACCGAUAUGCCUACCUCGGCAUACGGCUUUUCGGCGCUGCAAUACGAACAGGAGCGCAGCUUUAAUAUUUACCGCGGCAAGGUUAUCGUGGUGAUGAAUAUCGCCUCCGAAUGAGCCCUGCAGACGGUCAAUUACCCAGGCCUGAGGACGCUGUACGACAAGUACAAGGCCGAUGGGUUUGACCUGAUUGCUUUCCCCUGCAACCAGUUCGGCUACCAGGCUCCCGGCACCAGCCAGGAGGAGCGGGAGUGGGCCUGGAAGAAAUUUGGAACCCAGUUUGAUGUGUACGACAAGAUAGAUGUGAACGGCCCCGAUGCGCACCCCCUCUACAAGUUCCUGAAGGCCCGGCAGCCGGUGUCCAUUCCCUCGGAUGUCCGGAGCCGACCUAACGGCGACAUUGAAUGGAAUUACGCCAAGUUCCUGGUGGACCGGGAGGGCAACCCGGUGAAGCGCUACAAGCCAUCGUACGACCCAGUGAACAUGGAGGAUGAUCCGCCUGAGUGUGUGCUACAUCCGGGUCGCAAGGUCUGCAAGGUGGACCUGUGA